ACGACCAUGAAUUUUAAUCUGGAGUGGUCGCACUUUGUAUUCUUCAGUCCCCAGUUUUGUACGCUGACACAAUGAGCGAACAUCUGAGCAGUCGAGAUGAAUCUACCGCACUGGAUUUUCGCGAUAUUCACGAACAUCCUCCGGUAGAGAGCUCUUCGGUAGUUGCAGAUCCCUCCUGGGACACGGACAAGGUCUACUUUAAUGAGUUUGAAAACCCCAAACGGAGCAAAGGCGACGAUUUUGAUAACUUCUUUCAAAACGAAGUAUUCACCGAAGCUGACGUCGCCUUUGCGAUCAUAGAAGAAAUGACGGACCAGGAUACGGCGGAACCCCAACUCCGAAGGCGUUCGGCUAGUACGAGUGCUGAUCGCGAUGAUACUUUGGACCCGCUAGGCUGGCCACGACGGCAAGCGGCGGAGCUCGCUGACGUGCCUUUCUUCACGGCCUUUGAAACUGAUAAAGCAGAAAUUCAUGAAGAACUCGGUGAUGACCAAGAUCUUUUAAGGCACAAGAGCAAUGACAAUCAUAUCGAUGAUCUUUCGGGGAGAGAUUCUUUAGAAGGUGUCUGCGAAAGUGUCACCAAUAUGUUGAAGAUCCAGACAGACGAUGACAAACGUUCAAAGCAGGAGCGUAUUCAAAUGUACGAGACACUCGCAGUCGAUGACGAGUCUAGUGUGGAGGAAUCGGAGGACGACGAGGACGAUCUCGAGGAGGGGGAGGAGGAGCAAGUUGAGUAUAGCCAACAGCAAAGCAACGAUGACCAUGAAAGUUGGGAAGAGCCACAGGAAUGUAGGACUGGUACUUUCGGUCAUAGUAGCACAAGCAACAAUGAAUUUGAGACCAAUUUUUCCGACUUCAGCUCGUCAAUUCGCGAUGACGUGCCAACGUUCGAUGCCGCAGCCAAGGCAGCUCAGUCAGCUGAUGGUUCACUUACUACACCAGUUGAAUCGCCGGAGCAGAAGCGCUUAUUUCCCAAGGUCAAGCUCAGUAAAGUAGCGGACAAGAUCUCAACUGAAAUUCCCCUUCUUCGCCCUCCACCAGCGGAAAAGAUUCAAAAGUGGGAAGAUGCCAGAAUCAGCCAAGCCAAAAAAACGAAUACCCAAGAAUAA